AUGCACCGUACCUACUCGUUAAGAAAUUCGAGGGCUCCAACGGCUUCUCAAUUACAGAAUCCACCACCACCCCCUUCUACUACAAAAAAUAAGUUCUUUGGUAAGGGUGGUAUUGCUUACUCCUUUAGAAAAAACACGGCAGGAGCCUUUGGGCCAGAGCUCUCUAGGAAGCUUUCUCAGCUAGUGAAGACGGAAAAGAACGUUCUGCGCUCGAUUGAGGUUGCUGCUAACGAGCGCAGGGACGCCGCUAAGCAAUUGUCUCUCUGGGGUCUGGAAAACGACGACGAUGUUUCGGACAUUACCGAUAAGCUAGGAGUGUUGAUUUACGAGAUGUCUGAGCUAGACGACCAAUUUAUUGACCGCUACGACCAGUAUCGUUUAACAUUAAAGUCUGUUCGUGAUAUUGAGGGCUCGGUUCAACCAUCACGUGAUCGCAAAGCAAAAAUUACUGACAAGAUUGCUUACCUGAAGUACAAAGACCCACAGUCACCUAAAAUUGAAAUUCUAGAGCAGGAAUUAGUUCGUGCGGAGGCAGAAUCGUUAGUUGCAGAGGCCCAAUUGUCAAACAUUACGAGGUCUAAGUUGCGCGCUGCUUUCAAUUAUCAGUUUGACUCAAUGAUUGAGCACAGUGAGAAGAUGGCUUUGCUAGCUGGUUACGGUAAGGCUCUAUUAGAGUUAAUGGACGACUCUCCUGUAACUCCAGGUGAAACCAGACCUGCCUACGAUGGUUACGAGGCUUCUAAGCAGAUUAUCAUCGAUGCAGAGGCUGCUCUAAACGAAUGGACCUUGGACUCAGCUGCUGUUAAACCAUCCUUAUCGAUUAGACAGGAUUAUGACGAGGAGUUUGAAGAAGAUGACGAAGCCCAGGAGGAUUGGAACAGAGAAGAACCUGAAGAGCAACGGCAAUUAGCUCCUGCUUGA